AUGCAGAAGCUGGAAACCGAAGCUACCAAGCUGAACCAUGAAUCGCGCCAGCUCGCAUCACCUGCAGAGAAAGAGCCUGUUGCAUCGAUGAGUUAUCAUGUUGACUUUCUCCAUAUAGCCGAUUCGCUUCCUGUCGAGCCACGGCUAUUACCCCCGAGGCCGUGGGCAGGCCGUCUUGUAAACAUCUUUUUCGAGUCAAUAGCCCCUUCUUUCCCGCUUAUCAAUAAGCCUUUGUUUGCAUCCCAGUUCAGCUACGCUUAUAGUAGCUCUGCAGAGCCCACCCAGAAGUGGCUUGCUGUUCUCAAUCUUAUAUUCGCUGUCAGCUCGAAGUAUUACCAGUUAGCUGAGCCUGUCGCCGGCAAGGAUGUCGACGACCGCAUUUUUCUGUCCAGGGCUAUCUCUCUUAAUACUUCUCAUAAUCUGGCUGCUGACCAUGCUGACCUACACCAGGUCCAGGUUGAGCUGCUCCUGGCUAUCUAUUAUAUGGCUGCAGGUCAGAUAAAUCGAUCAUGGCAUACGAACGGGCGUGCUGCCCGCUCCGCCACCUCCCUGGGCCUCAAUCUGCGCGCACUGGGUGACCAGAUAGACCCUGUUUCGAAGGAGACGCGCACUCGCAUAUGGUGGUGCAUUUUCUCCUUGGAACACCUACUCGCCGGCAUGACUGGACGCUCCUCAUGCGUCGAUUACCGGUCUAUAUCUCUUUAUCCCCCGGUCCCAUACGACGACAGCAUGUUCCACUUUCCUGAGCUGGAGGAGCUUCUAGGGAAUACUGCCCUGCGCGAGGAGCGCCUCCAGUGGACAAUCUACGCCAGCGGUUCCGAGCUCAAAGCACGAACCAGGUGGUUCCAAACAAUCAGUCCAACCCCGUCCCUCUACUUCUUCCACCUCGUUGACCUCUCCAUGAUCACUCACGCCGCCGUCGCCACUAUAUACAGCCUAGCGACCACCAAAGACAACAUCAGCGGCCAGAGCGGAAUCCAUCCAUACCAAGAAAAGCUUCAAACAUGGCUCUCCAACCUCCAUCCCUCCUUCGCCUUCACAAACUCCCACGACACUCCAGUUCUGUCGCAUAAUAACCGCUACCAAGUCAGCCUGGCCCUCGCCUACUACAGCUCCCAGAUAAUCAUCAGCAGACCCUGCCUCACCCGCCCAGACAUGAAAGAAGGGACCAAUAUCCGCUUCCCACGCUCCCGAUUCGGCAACGACACUGCAAGAACCUGCGUCCAUUCUGCCCUCUCCCUCAUCUCCAUCCUCCCAGAGACACCAAGCAUAGAAUGGCUCCUCAACAUAACCCCCUGGUGGUGCGUCCUCCACUUCCUCAUGCAAGCCCUAACCGUCCUCCUCAUCCAACUCUCCAUCGGGCCCGUCCCGUUCCUAGGAAACCAUGGCGAAGGCGAACAAGCCGGGCAAGGCGAUACAGAUCCCAAUAUCACGGCGCCCGAAAACCAAAUGCCCGAGAUUAUCCUCUUUGCAUCGAAAAAGGCUCUCCGCUGGCUCCACAGUCUCGCGAAGAAUGACCUUUCCUCACACCGCGCUUUCCAGAUCAGCGAGAGCUUCAUCCGCCGUAUUGGCCGCGCAAAGGGCCUCGAUCUCUCCGAUAUCCCUGAUUCCGCGGACCUGGUGGGGUAUGCGCCGUCGGCGUUUAGUUCUGGGGAUGUCCAUCCCUGGGCUCAGUCGGCGAUGCAGCCUGGGAGCGGAGAGCCGUUGAGUCGGCAGAGGAGUGCUGAACGGCCGCAGGGUGCGAGUCGCAGUACGAGUCAUACGUCGAUUAUGCAUGAUGCUGCAGUAAUUAAUUGGGGACCGGAUUGUACGGUUUAUGAGGCGGAGUAUGAGCGGCAGCAGGAGUCGUCUGCGCUUGAUCCGGCGUUGUUUUCGGUGGAUAUGUAG